AUGGUUGUAGCUACUUGCGACUUAAACUUUUUAUUUUGGGCCAAAUGUGAAAAAAAUGGAACUUGCAGGCAUGAGUGUCGCACGAGUGAAAUGCUGGUGGCUUACUGCAGGAAAUCUAUGGAGUGCUGUGUGCUGGGGCACCCUGAGCCCUGA